AUGAAUAAUUUCUUGAAUUCUCAAUACCUACAUAAACACCAAUCUAUAUUGAACCACAACAAAAAGAGGCUAAAUCAAGAACAAGUCAAGAGGUUAGAGGAGAGUUUUGAUUCAACAAAGAAGCUUGAGCCAGAGCAAAAAAUCCAACUUGCUAAAGAGUUAGGUGUUCCUCCACGACAAAUUGCUAUAUGGUACCAGAACAGACGAGCUAGAUGGAAGAACCAGAGCCUCGAGCUCGACUACAAUGCACUCCAACAUAAGCUUGACACUACAUUAGCUGAGAAGAGGAAGAUUGAGAAAGAAAACGAACGUCUUCGAGGCGAGUUGAAGAAGGUAAAUGAGAUGUUAGUUGCUUGUAAAAAAGCACAAGGAUAUGAGGAAAUACAAGGAUUAAUUCCUUUAAAUGCAGCUAAUUCCAUUUCUAGUGGUUGUGAGGAAGGAAUAGUGAGUUCUAACUACCAAGAAGAUGUGAGUUGUUCAUUGGUAAAAAAUAAUAGUGAGUCUAAUUUGCAAUUUGAUGAGCUUUAUGCUUGUUUGAUGGGUGCAGAAGAAGGAUCAAAUUGUCGUUUAAGUUGGCAAAAUGGAAAAGAUCUUUGGGUGUGGAAAAAUUGA